AUGGAAGAAAAUACCGCCCAAUUAAAGCUAUAUUGGAAUGAUAAUGAAUCAAUUGUUGCUGAUGUUCUUUUAAACGUGAAUACUGGAAAUGAUAAGCUUCCCGUCCCCGUUUUGAAUUUAAAUAAUAAGACUUGGGAUUUAUUAAACUUUUUAGAAAUGAAAGAUGAUACCAAUAAUCAACCUAAAAACCCUGCUAGUAGUGUUUUAAAGAAAGAGGUAUCUACUAAAACCCCGUUAACAACCUCAAAACCAAGGAUCCCUCUGAAGUCCUUAACCGAUGAGGAAAACAGCAUAAGCCCAAACAUACAAGAGCCUGACGUAGCGACACCUCCGAAACAAUUUCGAGAGCAACCCAUAAUUGGAGACGAAAAUGCAUUCAGCUCUCCUACCAAGGGUUAUCGAUCAGGUAAUAGACAAGAGUGUGAAUAUAUAGAUGAAAGUUCAGAGACACUCGAUCUUCAAGGUUGGUUUACGGUUGAGAAUGAAUUGGAUCAGACAUUCACCACUCAGCAAGAGUGCGAAAACAUUUCUGAAACUUGCUCUGAAUUUGACGAACUUUCUUUGAAUUUUGAAAAUGUCGAUUCUUGUCUUCUUUCUUCGAGGAGGGAUUCGUUUUCAUUUUUGCUUGAGAAUGGGUCUUUCACCACGCUUUCCAUGACUUCAAACGAUAUGAUUUCCACGUCUUCAAUGAAAGAUGAUAUGUUAGUUAGUUCUCAUGAGAAAACAUUUGAUUUGGAGAAAGACAAAGAAAGCGAUUCUUUCGACAACUGCUCAGAAUUACAUUUGCAAGAAACGAACGAAGUAGACAUAUCUAAUGGAGAUGAGGCUUCAAAUGAAACCUCAAUCCUUUCGCAUCCCACAGAAAGCUUUACGUUAGAAAACGACUGCUUAUAUUACAAUCCCCAGCUUUCUGAUCCUAAUGAAACGAAUUCAGAAUUGUUUCGGAAGUCGCAGCCAACUAAAAUAUGGUUAAUGCUAAAAGCAAAAGCCUUCUUUGAUGAAAUGGAGCAGAGUUAUCGCGCCCCUUUGAAUUUUUUUAUUCCGACGUUUCGAGUCGAACUUAAUCUAGUUAUCCAUUCAUCAAUACACCUAGAUUGGAAUGCACACGUUUCAUCUGGACAUUUCGAUACACAGCUCGAACAGUCUUUGGACGUGUCAAAUGGAUCAUCGUUUUGUUCGUCCGCUCCACUAUCUGCUUCUUCAUUAUCGAACGUCGUCUGGUACACCAAAGAAUCCCUCAAAAGUGUCAAGAUUUCUGAAACAACUGUUUCGGUGUCUUUACAAGAGGAUGAAUCAUCUUUCAAACAUUUACAGUACGAAAUUCAAUGCAUAUGUGCCUCUAAAAUUACAGAAAAUAGCACAUUCACUGUAAUUGCUCCAGAGGCGUUUGUACUAAAAGACGUUGUCAGUGAUUGUUUGGACAUUGAAUUUGAACAACAACGGAAUGACGACGAGUUAGAUAUAGUAUUCACAAAAGUCCACCAACGCCAUGAUAUGACUUCAAUCGAUGCGCUACAUGCGCUUCAGAUACUAAUGAUGGAUCCUGAUGCAGUUACAGAAAAUCACAUACUACCAAUCCCAAUUGUGAAACAUAUGAAGCAUUCUACAAAAGUUGCCUUUGAGGAAUUAGUUUCGGACUAUCAAGUCUUCCUAUAUGACAUUCAUGGGAACUCUCAGACGUUGGCAAUGGGAUGCUGCGAAUUCACAUACAAUAAAGAUAUGAAUUAUGGAUUUACUUUGUCUCAACUGAAUCAGUGUUCCAGAGCAACCGUGCAAAAUCCGUUCAUACGUACUCGCAUAAAAAGGAAUUGUUUGUCCCCCAUCUUUAAAGUGUUUGAUGGUUUUGAGGAUUAUUUACAACUUGUAUUUUCUUGCAUUUUGAUUUUGGAUUCUGAAGAUCAAACUGACAUUCUAAAACUCAAACUACCAGAGCAAUCACGAUUAACGUGGGUGAUUGAAGGAAGUCAUAACUAUUUGACGAAUGUUUAUUAUUCAGAUGGAAUAUACAGCAUCACGAACUCAAAGAUGAAACAAAGCUUGUCCCUUCGAAUAGGAAUGCUGGUUCCUCUGCAAAAGACGAAAGAAGGAAUGGUAUUUAGAUUACCUGCUGUCCUUGACUAUACAUUGAAUCAUGUGGUGGUUGACAUGGAAGGAUUGAAAUAUAAAAUCUCAGCAAUUGAAGUGGACAAGCGGAUACAUUUAAAGCCGUUGCAAAGACUGGAAUUUAAGUUGUUGAGAAAUGUUUCUGUUUUGUUUAUACUGAGAGAAGAAACAGUAAAAAAGAAGAGGGCAGCUAAUGUAUCACAUACAGAAGCAGACAGUGAACUCAAACCGGAGGUUUCAUCAAACUUAUUUAAGGAAACACUAGCUGUCUGUUCUAUAGUGGGGUAUUUAUUUAUUUUUUACCAAAUAUAUAUGAAACAAAUUUAA